CCACGCGGGUCUCCCGGCAACGGGCGCGGGUGGGGGCGGGGCGGGCCGGCGCCUUCAACUGGUGCAGAACUCAGUGAGCGGCGGCGGCGGCAGCGGUGCACACUCGGGACUGUUCGCUGCGCUCGCUGCGCUGCUCUGCUCGCUGCUGCCCUGCCCUUCCCGCAGACCGGUACUCGCGGCUUCUCGCCUGUGCAGCGGACCGACCCGCGGCGGGACAGGGGAUGCGCACCCCGCCGGCUCCCGGGAACCAGAGCCGACACGUCUGCCCCGGGAGUAGUUGCUGUUGUCACGGUCUCUUCUCUGCUGGCGACAAGUGUCUCCGAGGUCCUGACGGAGCAGUUUCUGGAGAACUUGUUACCGCUGUGAGGAACUCUCUCCUUUUCAGCCCCCGACCCGAUUUCUUGUCAUCCCUGCAGCCUUCCAACGGGCAGCGAGGUCCCAGGCCCCACCUUUGCUGAUGGCGAGCUUGUUGCCAGGGAGCCCAGCUUCUUUACUGAGGAUGAUGAUGAGGAGGCUAUGACCCUGGCCCUACCUGAGGGUCCCCAGGAGUUUGACAUGGACAGCCCCCUGGAGAGUACCCAGAGCCUGGAGGGGCCAGUCGGGAGUCCUGCUGAGGAGAAGGACAGGGGCCUCGGAGGCCUGUUUCUGCCAGAGGACAAGUCCUUGGUGCACACCCCAUCCAUGACGGCGUCAGACCUGUCUACUCACUCCACCGCCUCGCUCAUCAGCAACGAGGAGCAGUUUGAGGACUACGGGGAGGGGGACGAUGUGGACUGUGCUCCCAGCAGCCCCUGCCCCGACGACGAGACCAGGACCAAUGUCUACUCGGACCUGGGGUCUUCAGUGUCUUCCAGUGCGGGGCAGACGCCUAGGAAAACGCGGCAUGUGUACAACAGCGAGUUGCUGGAUGUUUACUGCUCUCAGUGCUGCAAGAAAAUCAACCUGCUGAAUGACUUGGAAGCCCGGCUGAGAAACCUGAAGGCCAACAGCCCCAACCGAAAGAUCUCUAGCACGGCCUUCGGAAGGCAGCUCAUGCACAACAGCAACUUCAGCAGCAGCAAUGGCAGCACUGAGGACCUCUUCCGGGAUAGCAUUGAUUCCUGUGACAAUGACAUCACAGAGAAGGUGAGCUUCCUGGAAAAAAAGGUGACAGAGCUGGAGAACGACAGCCUGACCAAUGGGGACCUGAAGAACAAGCUGAAGCAGGAGAACACACAGCUGGUGCACAGGGUGCACGAGCUGGAGGAGAUGGUGAAGGAUCAGGAGGCCACAGCUGCCCAGGCCCUGGAGGAGGAGGCACGGCGGCACCGCGAGGCCUACUGCAAGCUGGAGAGGGAGAAGAGCACCGAGAUCGAGCUGCUCAACACCAGGGUACAGCAGUUAGAGGAGGAAAAUACAGAGCUUAGGACAACAGUGACUCGGCUCAAAGCGCAAACGGAGAGACUGGACGAGGAGCGGCAGCGCAUGUCCGACCGGCUGGAGGACACCAGCCUGCGGCUCAAGGAUGAGAUGGACCUGUACAAACGCAUGAUGGACAAGCUGCGGCAGAACCGCCUCGAGUUCCAGAAGGAGCGGGAGGCAACACAGGAGCUCAUUGAGGACUUGCGGAAGGAGCUGGAGCACCUGCAGAUGUACAAGCUUGACUGCGAGCGGCCAGGCAGGGGCCGCAGCACAUCAUCCAGCCUGGGCGAGUUCAACGCCAGGGCCCGCGAAGUGGAGCUCGAGCAUGAGAUCAAGCGGCUCAAGCAGGAGAAUCACAAGUUGCGGGAUCAGAAUGACGACUUGAAUGGACAGAUCUUAAGCCUCAGCCUCUACGAAGCAAAGAAUCUCUUUGCCACCCAGACCAAAGCUCAGUCUCUGGCUGCAGAAAUAGACACCGCCUCGCGCGAUGAGCUCAUGGAAGCCCUAAAGGAGCAGGAGGAGAUCAACUUCCGGCUGAGGCAAUACAUGGACAAGAUAAUCCUCGCCAUCCUGGACCACAAUCCCUCCAUCCUCGAGAUCAAACACUGAACAAGGGGGCUGGCUGCAGAGCAGCCUGGGGACCCUGGGACCAAGGGGCCGACCCUGGCUGAGAACGUGGGCCGGGCUCCGGGCCCACAGUCACACUGAAAAUGUAUCACUGGCUACCAUGCAUCACGUGUCCUGGUGUGCAUGUGGGGAGGCUGUGCGCACUAGUGGGGUGAGUGUGUGUGUGGCUGUGGUCCCACUUAUGGCCCGUGGACAACAGCCGCACAGUUAGCUGUUCCUGCACUUUGUAGUACUUUUGCAAGCAGACAGGAGAGGCAAGGUCUGCUGUCAUGCGUUACUGUGACCAGAAGAACUGGAUGUUUGUGUUUUAGGUACUGGGUAAAAUGAUUCUACCUCUGGGGAUAAGGAUUAAGAAAUACUCUAGUAAGAGAGGCCCUUUUACCCCACCCCUGUUCCCCCUGGCAGGGAAAGCAAAAUUGUCCUCUUUUCCAGGAGUUUGAAUGCUCAACAGCAGUGUCCUUGCCAGCCUCUUUAGCCUGGACCAGGUCACCUCUCAAGCCCAAGUGUUCAAGCUCAGAGGGGAAUAAGGAGCGUGGGGAGGGGGUGCGUGUAAGGAGGGGCCCUCGGCGAUGCACGUGCUCUGUGUGUCGAAGGGACAUGGUUUGCGGAGAAGCCAGCAUUGGGCCAUCUUCGUUCUGCAGAGUUCUGGGCAUUUCUUAUGUUCUCCAUGCACUUCCCAGCCCUGCUUAGCUACAUCAUCCUUUCUGCUUUUGUUCUUAAGACAAUAAAAUGCAAGCAACAUUCACUUGGCUGUAAACUGAAAAGAGGUAGAGAGGAAGGAGAGGGGGUUGGAGGGCGGGGGCGCCUGAAGCAGAUGUUGGCAUUCGGGUAACCAAAGAAGUGACUUUCUCGGGAGGAGCAUUUCUGACGUCCCUGCUAGUUUCCUUCCCCACGGCGGCAUUUUAAGAGCAGCACAUGUGGACCAUCUGCCUGGCAGCUCCUGCGGGCCAUGAGUGGGCCUCACUCACCAGUCCUCAUUCUCCGUGCAGUGUGGCGAUGCCAGGCCUUGCGUUUGGGUUUUCCAGCUCAGAGCUCGGGGCCAGGCUCUCAGCCGGGGAACGAGUGCUGGGCUGAUGGGGAGCCACAUGCGGGGCAGGUGCAGGGAAGCCUUAGUCUUCCAUCCUCCUGAGACGUGGGUGUGCACAUCUUUUGAUCUUUUAUUCUAGGCAGCUGGGAGUAAAUGUACUACUUUCCUGUGAGUUUUCUAAUUUGCCUCAUUUUUGAAUGCUUGUGAUUCUUUUCCUUAAUCCAAAUGUAGAGAAAAACAUGUAUGGUCUUUUCCUCUGCAGUGCUUGUUUUCUUUGGCACUUAUGACGUAAAAAGGAAGGUUUGGGCAUGUUGGGGAGGGCGUGGGAGGGUGUCCACGGAGAAGAGAGGGCAGUCGAGGUUGAACAGGUGAAGAGGGGAAUUGGGAUGUGUGGUGUGUUUCCUACUCACAGAGGCAGGGGGUGGCCUAGGCCAAUUUGUGUUCCAUCCCAAUCGACUUUUGCUUUUGUUGGGUUUCCAUGAUUUCUUCUUGUGUAUAAUGGGAUUUGUCUCAUGCUACAAAUAACUGUGUUGCAUUGGUCUGAUCCAGGGCUUUGGGACCACCCACCCAGAAGGACUGGCCCCCCCAUGUCAGUUGUCUUCUCAACCCUUAGGACACUGGUCUCAGGGUUCCCCCGGGGGUCUGAGAAGGCCGCGGAAGUGGAAAGGAGGCAUGAGGAGUGGGUCUUCAGAAUUUGCUUAUAGGAAGGAGUGGCCACAGGUGGAAGGAAAGGACAUGGCUGGGAUCUGGGUUUUAGGUCAGGAAUCCCACAGAGAGGCCAAGGUCAAGAGGGGGGUUGGGGGGCUCAUCCCAGGGGGAGGAAGUUUUCGAUGAGCAUUUUAUAGGUAAAAUUUUAUGGGCUCCAUAGUUGCUUUGAUGUGGAAUUUAGAGAAGGCAGCAGAGGGCCUGAGUUAUAGAGAGUCACACCAUCGGAAGAAACUUCUGCCUGGUGCUGGCUAACCCCUAACUCACCAGUGUCAGGGAGCUGCGGGGAAACUGCCCACCGGCGGCGUUCUGCCGGCUGCCGCCUCCAGGGGGCGCCGCGGGAACGGACUCCCUGUCUGGUGCAGGGCCGCCCGGGCUCGGGAAGAGGCAGGCGGUGUUGGGGUGACCUCGAAAUGAGGGAUUGAAUUCCCGGUAACACAAACAGAAAGUUAAAUGGAACCUCCUUAACUUUCUUCAGCCAGAAUACAUUUCUUAGGAAACCGUGUCUUGAAUUGGCUUUUUAAGAUCCUGUUUGCUUUUAAAUGCUCUUCUGAGGGGCAGGUGCCCCAGGGGGACAGCCCCACAGACCUCGGGCAGGUUCCAGAGCUGUCCCUCUGCACAGUGCUUCCUGCCUCUGCUCUUUUUCCAGCUGGGAAUUCUGCCUUCCCUCUCAGUAGAGGGGCUGCCAGAUAUUGUAUGGGAUGCCAGGUAAAUUUGAAUUUCAGAUAAACUGUGAAUUUUUUAAAGUAUGUACUGUGCAAUAUUUAGGACGUAUUUAGAAUGGGGAGCUUUUUAAAAUCCCACAGAGGUUCCGAUUUAAUUGGUGUGUGGGGUGACCCAGGCAUUGGGAGUUUAAGAGGCUCCCCAGGUGAUUCUAAUUUAACUGGGUGCCCUGCAUUUAGUUUUUAUUGUUUGUUUGGUUUUUUUGGCUAAACCUGGCAACUUUACCAAGUAGGAAUUAAUAACUUGUCUGAACUUUAGAGGAAUUUUUUUUGGGGGGGGGGGGCGGUGGCAUUCUGCAGUAGGCUCACAUUUUACGUGAUACUGAACUGUCCUUGGAUUCAAUUUUAUGUAUCUAGUAGAGAAGGAAGCACCUUCUGUUUCAGCUAGGGCCUAUUCUGUGGGAUAGUAUAAAAAAAUACAGUUAUAGGGAAGAUCAGAUGUUUUCUUUCUUUCUUUCCUUUUUUUUUUAUCCCCAAACUGUGAAUUGGUCAGAGUUAGACCUAGGUUAUUUUAUUUUAGUAUUGUAAGUUUGUAGAUUUCUUUGAGAAUUAUCAGAGGAAAAUUCCUUUUACUUGGUUCUCAAUCUUCGCUGUGCAUUGGAAUCAUCUGGGAAGAUUAUAAACGCUCUAAGGACCGGGCUGAACCCCCAAAACCCAGAGGUUGUGAUUUAAUUGUGUGGGGUGUGGCCUAGGCAUUGGGUUUUUUUUACAAGAGCCCCCCAGGUGAGUUUAAUAUGCAGUCCAAAAUUGAGAUCCCUUGUCCUAAAGGCUGCUGGGCUCGGUAAGCCAGGUGCCAAAUAGCAGCAAGUUUGACUGAUGGAUUGGUGGCUUUUCCUGUUGGGAUGUUGAAUAGUGAGAAGUCACCAGGUUCCUCUGCCCUCAAGGAUGGGAGGCCAAGUGUCUUCAGGAGCUGUUGGAUCCAGCUGCUCUCACCAGCUUGGAGGUUAGCAAAUCUGUGGAGUCAGUAGGUGACAGCUAUUGGGAUAUAUUAGCCACAGGCCCCAUCCCAGAAUAGGGGUAGAACAGAGUGAGCUGGGAGCUGACAAGGGGGCUGCCACCCACUUGUACAGCUGAGCAGGAGGGAACACUUGGCUUUGUGAGUUUGCCUCUGAUCCUUUUUUAGGAUGGGUGGGUGAGGGAAACCCCAGCUCCUGCCCCGCUAGUAGCCAAACCAGCAGACCUGCACCCGGCUCAUGCCCUGGAGGCCGCAGGUGCUCAGCUCCACUGGCCAGGCUGAUUCUGGGCCCUGCUUGGUCCUCCAGGUACAGGAGGGCACAGAGUGGGCUCCUGUGUCCCAGUGAGGGACUUAAGAACUGUCAAAGGCCUAGUGGAGCCUGGUGGAGCUGUGAGGCAUUAAGCCCUCUUUCCGUGCUCUGUGUGUUUGUGUAUAUUUAAUGCAUGAGCAAAUUCCAACCUAAAGCUGAACUCUAAGUGUGGUUGGAACAGCGCAAGGCUUUCACUGACUGCUGUGCCAAGGACAUGACUUUGGUCCCCUGGGAGAUCCAUGGUGCCCCUUUUAAGGGGCUGGGGUGGGUUCCAGACUGAGGAGGGAGGCAUUUAGGACUCCACUUCUGGACUGUGGCUCUCCCUUUGGGACCUGGGGCAUCCGCUCAGGAACCCAGAGCCUGUCCCCAUAGAGUGAUUGUUCUGGUGGGUGACUGUGUCCUUGGCCCUGGCCUCACUGGACAGCUUUGAGCAAGUCACUUGUCCCCACUGACCUUCGGGGCCUCCCAGGUCCUGGCAUCCUGCUCUGGCCGAGUGCAUGCGUGAAGGGGGCAGAAGAGGCAGGGCAACGCCAGGGCCUUUCUGCACACUCUCUGCUGCCUAUCAGGAAAACAGGCUGCUUUCUAGAAAGGUCUGUAUGUAAAGGUGUAGACCCUGGUGAAACAUGAGGCCGCCAUUACCACGUGCUGGUGUCCCACGUGGCGUUGGUGCUCUGGCUCUUUCCACUGACUGUAAUGUAGGAGUGUCUGCCCGGGAGCUGUCAGCAGGGGCCCUAGCAUCCAGGGUCCCCUCUUGCCGGAUCUAAGUGCAGCUGUCCCGGGGUGGCCCUCCUCCCACGGGGACCCGUCCGCUUCGUUGUGCUGCACAGGCUGUUUUUGUCUGCAUGACUUGGGGUCUUUGGGGUCUUUGUCCUGUGCCUUUUUCUUCCCUGUCACCACUGUACAGGAUUCUCCGUGUUACCACUGCCCCUUUUUCUACAUCUUCUCAUUCACCCUGACCUUUCCUGAGACCUGUGAGCGUGUACAUACGGCGUCCUUGGGAGCCACGGGCCUCCCCCAUGUACGUGAAGCCAUCCUGAGGCCUCUCCCGGGCCGGGUCCACCGGGCACGUGCCUCCUCAAGAACCUGGCUCUGCUUUUCUUUUGGUCCCUCAGCCCUGUAGACUUGGUAACUUUGUACAGAAGUUUUCACUACUGUCUUUACGACUCGGGGCUAGAACUCACUCGUUCCCGCAUCCGGCCUGUAGCUAGUUUAGAAACCUUGCAUAUACCAGAAAAGGGUAACUUUUUGUAAAGCAACUUCUCCCAUGAACCUCUUCCUGUGCCAGUGUCAAUAUUUAUAGAAGGCAGUGCACGCCUUUUUAAGCUGGGCUUCGGCCAUGGCAGGGACGUCAUGGGGUCCGCUGCAGCUACGCGGGCCGCUCAGAGGAUGUGCCCCCUCCGUCCCCAGAGGAAGGCCCCCAGUGUGGCCCCCAGUGCUUGGCUUUGGGCCCAGAGCAGCUGGGACCCAGGUCCCAGAAGGAAGAGGCUUUCUGCCAGUGGCCCUGCCUGCAGCUACUGAGCUUGUCCUCCUGCCAAAGGUGCUCAAACAGGGUGCCGUUAAAUACUGUGCGGAUGGCAGGGCCUCCAUCAAACCAAGCAGUGCUCCUCAGCUCAGCGCCUGCUGGCACCCCCCCAGCUCCUCCCGCUCUCUUGUCCAGGCCUCCUGGGACCCGGGCAGAAUAAACUAUAGGUAUGCCUCAUGCCACAGGGCUCGUUAGGUUUCUGGCUUUGUGUUGGCUUCACCUUGUUUUUCGCCCCAGGAGCCUCCAUCUGAAACAGGGCUUGGCUUUGGGGUUGGGGUGGAGAGAGUGAGGUGUGAGGACACAGGCUGCACCCCAGGUCCCGAGCUCUUUGCUUCCAGCCUGCUUCCAUCCAGAAAGGACUGGGCUCUCAAAGGCAAGGCUCCUUCCAGGGAACUGUAACGUACAGACCAAGGUGUAAAUAAACAGUUUGCUUUUCUUGUCUGA